AUGGAAUCCCACGCGCCGGACUCGACUCAACUGGGGCUUCACGAUUCGAAACAGUCCGGCAUAUCGCCUGAAAUGAAGCGUGUCUUGCCGCUGCGCAUCGUCAAGCGCUCAGACAGCACUUGCGGUGAUGAUGCCGACGACCGACCUUGUCGAAGAUGUAGCCAGGCCACAACUGAGAGUCGUGGCAGCGCCCCUGAGUCCGCUGGGGGCGAACCACAACUGGCGGUGCCCAAGGUCCGGGGCAGCAGGACCAUUCAGGUCUUUGACAGCCUGGAAGGCGUCGACGAGAGCCCCGUGCCGCUAGGUCGUGAGGCAUAUUUACGAAACGACCAUGCGGCCCCUGAUCAUCAGCUCGUCCGAACAGGGCAAAGAAUGCCGUCGAACCAGUACUACAAUAUCGACACCGGGGACUUGCAAUCGAUUGGUUCAUGUUCUUCUCGCGGGUUACCAAAGCUCAGGGGAAAAGGAUUUGCCAAGUCUGCAGUUGGGUUCCGGGAUCAAUUCUCAUUUCUGAGCCCUCGCAGUGGUGCAUCACCACCGUACCGUCCCUUCCCUGGUCUUCUGGGCGACAUCAUCCAGAGGUCGAGGACUUCGCACACUCUGCCUUGCGGCGACUCAGACGACCCAUUCUCGUCUCAGCCGUCUGAUGAUGAGCCAGGCUCUCUUUCUAUUGUCGCUCCUGAAGUAGUUGUCACCCCAGACAGUCGGGUCGUGGACCAUGGCUACCACAACUUCUGGGUUGCCGUCGAGAUCACGACAACAAAAGGCAACGGGUGCCUCUGUGAUAUCACGGUCGAUAUUGAGCCUACCGCCAACAGUGCCGUGUUGGAGGUGAUUGAGAACUUCUCUGCGCCUACCAGUCUCUCGCCCGGGUCUGCAAUCCUGGUACUUGUAAACGUCGAGCUCAAUCUAGCCAACUACCCCAGAAUCAGAGGCCACAUCCGUUCAAACUCGGACGACCUGAUAGAGGACCUCGAGGACCAACUGGGCAGCGCGCAAUGCGAGUACCUGACGGUCAGCCUCAUCUACCAGCACUCUGCCUUCGCGCCCGGCAUCAGAGACGCCAACAGCGGGGUCACCAGGGCGCAGACCAAGAUCCGCACCGCGUACACGGCCACUGUGAGCCGGCACAACGCUGCCUCGCCUUGGUCGCCACCUCCCGCGCCCGCGCCGAACCACCGCCUCCUGGGAAUCAUCGCGGCCCACUAG